UGAAAAUGCUCUUAGCAUGCCAAAUAUUCAACAGUAGGGUCUGGUGUCUUUAAUAGGUUUAUUGAAGUCAAGGAUAAAUCGGUGAUCCAACUACACAACCAUAAUCUGCAUUCAUACUAUCAUGAAAAAAGUUAUUUUGGAAAUUUCAUGGAUUGCAACAAAAAAUAUACUAGUUAGUGUACUUGGAUUAUAGAUAUUGUAAACAAUAGAUAGAAUCAUAAAUAAGAGAAUAACCAUUUUAUAUGUUGUAAAAUCUGAGAUACCGAGUUCGAUUUUUACUGAUAAAAUUCACCCAGAGAUUCUAAAUUCUCCUCUUUUUUCAACAGUUCCUUGUGAAUAGUCAGCCAACCAAAGAAACUGAUUCAGAUUGGAUCAUUCAGAAAAUGAAGAAAGCAGUCCCUCUCAUCUUUUCUCAAUGUCUCAAACUUCUUCUCAUCAAGUUUGUAUUACUAUCAGAAACUAUAAUGGCAGAACCAAGAACCAAGACAGUUAUGAUCACAUGUGGCCAUCAAAUAGAGCACAACACAAGCAUCUUUGUUUCAAAUUUUGUUGCAACCAUGGAGAAGAUUAGCGAGCAGAUGCGCAGUACUGGCUUCGGCACAGCAGUUACAGGGACAGGACCUGAUGAUAACUAUGGCCUAGCACAAUGCUAUGGAGAUCUUUCGUUACUUGACUGUGUGUUGUGUUAUGCUGAGGCGCGCACGGUUCUUCCUCAGUGCUUCCCUUAUAAUUCUGGUCGGAUUUACCUUGACGGUUGUUUCAUGAGGUCUGGGAAUUAUAGUUUCUUUAAUGAGUAUAAAGGACCUGAAGAUAGAGCUGUAUGUGCAAACACAACUAAGAAGAACUCAGAUUUUCAAGCAGCGGCAAAACAAGCAGUGUUGAGAGUAGUUCAAGAUGCGUCGAACAAUAAAGGGUAUGCUAGGGGGGAAGUUUCUGUAUCAGGAACAGCAAAUGAAUCUGCUUAUGUUCUGGCUGAUUGUUGGAGGACCUUGGAUUCUAGGUCUUGCAAAGCAUGUCUUGAGCAUGCAUCUUCUUCUAUAUUGGGAUGCUUGCCCUUCUCAGAAGGACGAGCGCUCAACACCGGAUGCUUCAUGAGGUACUCUGACACUGAUUUUCUUAACAAGGAAGUAGAAACUGAGAGUUCAAGAGGUAAUGUGGUAGUGGUAGUGGUUGCAGUAGUCAGUUCGGUGGUCGUUGCAGUGGUUGGAGUGGUCAUUGGAGCAUAUAUCUGGAAACAGAGAUACAUUCAAAAGAAAAGAAGAGGAUCAAAUGAUGCAGAAAAGUUAGCAAAGACUCUUGAACAAAAAAGCUUGAACUUCAAGUACUCUACAUUGGAAAAAGCUACUGAGUCUUUUAAUGACAAUAACAAGUUAGGCCAUGGAGGAUUUGGCACGGUUUAUAGAGGAGUUCUACUUGAUGGAAGAGAGAUUGCUAUCAAGAGGUUAUAUUACAAUAACAGACAUAGAGCAGCAGAUUUCUACAACGAAGUUAACAUGAUUAGUGGCGUUGAACACAAGAAUCUAGUUAGACUAUUAGGUUGCUGUUGUUCAGGACCUGAAAGCCUGCUUGUUUACGAAUAUAUGCACAACAGAAGUCUCGAUCACUUCAUUUUUGAUAAAAACAAGGGCAGAGAACUAAAUUGGGAAAAGAGAUAUGAAAUAAUUAUUGGGACAGCUGAAGGAUUAGUUUACCUUCACGAGAACUCCAAAAUCAGGAUAAUUCAUAGAGAUAUAAAAGCCAGCAACAUUCUAUUGGAUUCAAAGCUUCGAGCUAAAAUUGCAGAUUUUGGUUUGGCCAGAUCCUUUCAAGAAGACAAGAGCCACAUAAGUACAGCUAUUGCAGGAACUUUGGGGUAUAUGGCUCCAGAAUAUCUUGCUCAUGGUCAGUUAACAGAAAAAGCAGAUGUAUAUAGUUUUGGAGUAUUACUGCUAGAGAUAGUUACCGGAAGACAGAACAACAGGAGCAAAGCAUCAGAAUAUUCAGACAGCUUAAUUAUAGUGGCAUGGAAGCAUUUUCAGUCAGGGACUGCCGAACAAUUAUUUGAUCCAAAUAUAGCAUUGCACGACGACCUCAAUAGUGAUGUUAAGAAUGAGAUUUUAAGAGUGUUUCAUAUAGGACUUCUAUGCAUCCAAGAGGUCGUUUCGUUACGACCAACUAUGUCAAAGACGUUACAGAUGCUAACUGAAAAUGAGGAGUGUCUUGUUGCUCCAUCUAAUCCACCCUUCUUAGAUGAGAGUACCAUGGAACUCCAUGAGACAAGUGGUGACCCAUUUUACCUCCCCAAAACAGCUGAUUCAGUUGCUACUAUGUCCCAUAGCUCUUUCUAUCCCAGGUGACCAUUAAAAUGUAGAGAAAAGAAAAUCAUUGCACACAGCAAGUCUGUCGCACCGCAAGUAAAUUGGCUUGGCUCAGAACUAUGAUAUUGAAGGUUGCUAACAAUGUAUCCGAUCAAUUAAUAUUUCAAUUAUGGGACGCAAACAAUGUAAACCGUAUAGUUCCAUGAUUAACAACUUCCUAUAGAAUUUAGAAUUGAUCUUAUAUGUAGCAACUCAUAAUUACAAGUUUCCAAUUUUGAACAAUCAUGACAGUACCAUCAUUUGAGAAAGAUACUAUGAAGUAAUAUAAAAACA